AUGGUGACACCAGGAGCAAGACCGGCUGUCUGUGCCCUGUCGCUUAUCGGUUAUCUCUGCAAUGGAACGUUGAUUUAUUUGAUCAAGAAAAAUCCGAAUUCACGAAUGGGAAACUAUCGAUAUCUUAUUCUUAUGUUGACCAUUUUCAACAUCGUCUAUGCCACCGGCCAUUUGGUGGUCUUGCCGCUCACCUAUAUGCAUGAUUUCGGUUGGUGCUUCUACUCGUCGUCAUUCCUCAGCGGAUACAAAUUCGUUGGCUAUGCUCUCAUCCUUGGCUACUGUUCGAUCUUUGCUCAAUCCACCAUUCUCCUCGCCUAUCAUUUCAUCUAUCGAUACGCAUGUAUCUGCAAAACUGAGUGGCUCGAGGUGAUCAACACGAAACGAGCCAUUUCUAUGGUCAUUUUCUGCUACAUUCUCUACUUUGGGCUAUGGGUGGCAAUGGUGCAUCUAUUUGCCGGUCCAACCGAUGCAUUCAAUGAGCGAAUCGCUAUCGGCUUUUAUGAGUAUUCGGGGCAAUGGCCAAAUGAGACAGCACUGAUUGGAGGAUAUUAUUUGCUACGAGAUAACAACAGUCAUUUGCACAUCAAUUUACGUCCGUGGAUCGCGGUGUGUGUUUGCCAGACACAAAUGAGUUGUAUGUUCGGAGUGAUCCUCUACUGUGGCUGGUCGAUGCAUCGCAAGUUGAGCUCAUCAGAAAUGGCAUCAGAGAGGGGUUUCCGAUUGCAAAAGCAACUUUUCCGAGCCCUACUCAUACAGUUUCUGGUGCCAAUCAUUCUCGAGUACAUCCCAUGUGUUGCCGUCUUCUUUCUCCCCUUAACGGGUGGAGAUUUCAAUCUUGAAUGGGCAACUCUCGCCGUCUCAUCGUAUCCAAUUUUCGAGCCACUUGUUGUCAUCUAUUUUGUCAAGCCGACGUCGGAUGGAACGAGAGUCAGCGAGUUUCUGGGGAUCCCAUUUGCCGCGCCACCCAUCGGGAAGCUGAGAUUUGAGAAACCCCAGCCACCGAUCCCAUGGACGAAGCCGAUCAACGCCACUGCCUAUUCGAAGGGGUGUAUCCCUUGCACGAGUGCCGGCGUUUCGCGAGACACGGUCAGCGAGGAUUGCCUCUAUUUGAAUGUCUGGAGCCCGAAUUUGCAGGGUCUUCUGCCCGUUUUCCUCUUCAUCCACGGUGGAGCCUAUGAGACUGGCGCGGCGUCUGUUUACGAUGCGAAAGCUUUCAGAGAGAAUUUUGCUCGACGUGGCAUCGUUGUGGUGACAAUUCAAUACCGGCUCGGGCAAUUCGGCUUCUUGACGCUAAACGACUCGGUGAUCACCCCGAACCUCGGGCUCUGGGAUCAAACGCUCGGCCUUCAAUGGAUACAGGAUAAUAUUGGGAAAUUCGGAGGCGACAGCAAACGGGUGACGAUUAUGGGGGAAUCGGCCGGCUCCGAGUCCGUCAGUCAGCUGACCAUAUCGCCGAAGACACAACACCUCUUCCAACAAGCCAUCCAGAUGAGCGGAACGUCGAUUGGAGCCGCCGCUCGAGGGACAAAUACUUUGACUUUUUCUGCAAACUGGACGAGCAGACUUGGCUGUGAUUUGAAGUCCGACUACAAAACCUGUCUGCAAGGAAAAACUGUCGAAGAGUUCUGGAAAGUGAAGGAAAAUAACGCUUGGGGCUGCGGACCUGACGACCUGAAUUGGCUGGGAUUCGCUCCGAUCAUCGAUGAGGAUUUCUUCCCGAAGCCAGAAGAUGCUCUAAAGACCGUGCCCAAGUAUCCGACGAUUUUCGGGUUGAAUCAAGUGGAGGGACGACUUUUCUCCCUCGAAGGAGCGAGCAUCUACAUGUCUUUUGGGCUCGGCCCGCUGAAAUGGCCCAAGUACAAUGAGAGUCAAUUCGUGGAUUUUGUCAAGAAAUUCAUCACUUUUAAGGGAUACACGUCCGACGAAAGAGAUCAGGCAACUCAGGACAUUCUGAGCUAUUACGAGCGAGGUCACGACCCGAGUGACGCAAGUACUGGGUGGAGAGAUAUGUUGAGAGCUAUUCGGAUUGGGGGA